GCACGCCGUGACGGCCGUUGCGAGCUGAUUCCAGCCUGCCACGAUGCGCUUUCGGCUGUGCUGAUCCAACGAGCUGGAUUUCCGAUAUGUUUCAUGAGCGGCUUUGCUGUCAGCGCGACUCAGCUUGCUUAUCCGGAUGUUGGCCUCAUUUCCUACGCCGAGCAGGCGAAGGUCGGCUCCAACAUUUGUGCGGCCGUUGGCUCCAGCAUGUGUGUGAUCGGCGAUGGCGAUACCGGAUUUGGCGGCAGCGGCAACGUUCGGCGAACCAUUCGGGGGUACGCAGCAGCAGGCUUCGCAGGCAUCACCAUCGAGGACCAAUGCUACCCAAAGCGAUGCGCCCAUGCGAAGGGCCUGGCUGUCGUCGAGCGGGAAGAGGCGUGCCAGCGCCUCGCUGCGGCGCUCGCAGCGCGCGAGGAGCUUCGACAAGAAGGCCAAGAUCUGGUGAUCAUUGGAAGGACCGAUUGCCGCCAUGCUUCCUCCAAUGGUGGCUUUGAGGAAGCGCUCGCAAGGUGUCGAGUUUUUGCGGAUCUCGGCGCAGACGUCGUGUAUGCUGAGGGCUUGUCCGACAAAGCUGAGAUGCUGAGACUGAACUCCGAGUUGAGGGUGCCGACCAUGCUUGCGCAGGUGGAAAAGCCGGAUGUCCAGCUCGUCGGUGUGAAGGAAGCAGGACAGCUUGGCUUUGCUUUGAGCCUAAUGGGCCUGACCGUGCUCAACGUUGCGAUGUGUGCCAUGAAGAGAUGCCUGCGGGAGAUGAGGGAAGGGCGACACCCCGAGGAACAAAGCCGCCUUCCUUUCGCAGAGCUCUACCGUGAGGUGGGUUUCGAGGAGCACUAUGCCUGGGAAGAGAGGUUCGAGGGCCAGCUCGGCCAUGCUCGGCUGCCGAAGGCGAAACUCUGA